AAAAAAAAAAGUCCCUUAAAAAAAGAAUAGUGCUGAGAAUUCACGGGAGCACAAGAGAAAGGGAGGCAGAAGCCGGCUCAGCCCCCGAGGCCGGGGCCAGAGGCUGCGGAGCGGGCAGCCCGCGUUGGGAGGAGAAGGCGGGGACCUCGCUGACACCCCUGGAAGGGGCCACGGAGCGCCCUGGAAGGUGUGGAAAUGGAAGCUUUGAAUGAUAAGUGGAGGUGCAACCAUUAGCAGAGGACAUUGCAAACUGAGCUGCACUGGGAAACACGCCCAGGAGAACGCAGGGCCUCACAACAGCCAGCAGCUUCUCACCGCCUGCGGUUCUCCAAGAGGAGGGAGCUCGGCCCUGCUCCCCCGCUGGCCUCUGAUCUGCCUACACCUCCUCCGGGACUGAAAGAUCUUGGCAAAGCUGCCCCCAAAGAUUCCUGCUAACACUUGUCUGUUCCUGCCUUUUGUGAAGCCUGGCACUCGCAGGACUCAGAGAAGAAUCUUAAACCCCAGCCUCUGCAGCUGCUCCAGAGGGCGCUCUGUGCAGCUCAUCCACCACCGGGCUCGGCUCCGGGAGCUGUUCACAUCCUAGCGAUGCCCCAGGGAGUGUUGGUCCCAGCUGGAUGAGACCGUUCCCCAGCAGGACUCAGGCUUGCCACCGCCAAGACUCCCACGCUGCCCCCCCCACGACUUCCCAUGUCUGGCUGCCCUGGCAGACUCUAGAAUGUCUGUGCCCCAGAUCCAAGUAGAAGAAGCGGCCGGUGGGGAAGAAGGGCCGGCCGGAGCAGCCCCGCCUCCUGACGACCACCUCCGGAGCCUGAAGGCCCUCACCGAGAAACUGAGGCUGGAGACCCGCAGGCCCUCCUACCUGGAAUGGCAGGCCAGGCUGGAGGAGCAGACAUGGCCCUUCCCGAGACCGGCUGCCGAGCAGGGGGAGUGUGGGGAGGAGGAGCCCAGGCAGCACCCUGCACCCAACAGGAGUCCCAGGGACGACGGCCCCGGGGCCACUGGCAAGCUGGAGGGCUUUGAGAGUAUCGACGAAGCUAUAGCCUGGCUCAGGAAGGAACUGACAGAGAUGCGGCUUCAGGACCAGCAGCUGGCCAGACAGCUCAUGCGCCUGCGCAGUGACAUCAACAAGCUGAAGAUAGAGCAGACCUGCGACCUCCACAGGAGGAUGCUCAACGAUGCCACCUACGAGCUGGAGGAACGGGAUGAGCUGUCCGACCUCUUCUGCGACUCCCCACUUGCCUCCUCCUUCAGUCUGUCCACGCCACUCAAGCUCAUUGGAGUCACCAAGAUGAACAUCAACUCCCGGAGGUUCUCUCUCUGCUGAGAAGCCCUAGAAGGGGGCAGAAAAACCAGAAGAGAGAGUUUGGGAGGCAGGGAGAGGGUGUGGGAAGGGUGUUGAGGCCAAGUUACCCCAAGUGGGUCUCCCCAUAGGCGAGACCUGUGAACCGUGGGCCCCCAGGACCUGUCGGCAGGUGCUUUCUUGGGGCCCCCAGCUAUGGAUCCCAACAUCCCAUGACUGGCUCUUGCUUAACACCCAAAGAGUUCUGCCGAAGGGCCCCUCCACCCAGAUGUUCAGUGAGACCUGGGUUCCCAGCACGACACGUCACAGUCCUCCCCUCAGUGCUCUAUAUUCCUGUUUCCCAGAAUCACUGGUGCUAUGAACUGGGAUCCCAAAUGGGGCCCCCCAAAAGCUGUGAUUCUUGCAGAAAGCUUCCUCAAGGGUACUGAGCCCCCAGGGGGGAGGUGAUCAGAUAUGUCAGACAUGCCCAUCUCCCUGUUGCUGUCCUCUAAGUACUGGCUCAAAUUCACCCUAAAUGGGUGACUCAGCCACCUUGACAGGACCCACAAGGAAAGGAAUAACAAAGUGCAGCUUGGGGACGCAGGCCCCACAGCCAGCAGGCGGUGCCCCGGUGAGCGUGAGGUCCAGGCUGUGGUCAGUCUUCAACCUUGGCACUAUAGGUGGCAUGUAAAUGGUUUCUGUUUCUGGCGUGUACCAGGACACACCAGGGUAGCGUGGGUGCAGCAAGCACAGAUGCCCUCUGUUGCCUGCCCUGGCCACGUAUACCAAUCCCAAUCUCCAAAGAGCGCCUCUGCCGCCACCCCACAGCCCUGGGGGAGUGCCUGGGAGACCACUGGUGACUGAACUAGGCAGAUCCGUCAGUGGGUUUCCCAUAACAGGAUCCCCCUUGGGGGCCAGCAGAGGCCUCCUGGUGAAUUCCAGCGGUGUCACCCACAUCACCUUCUUGCCCUCCCCAGAAGGACUCGAGGGAGCGAAGAAGCUCACCUUAAGCCUCCUCUGAGAUUCUGGGCCUGACUUAAAGGACUAAUUUUAAUUGAAUCAGACUGUUACUAAUCUGUUACUAACUUGUUAAUAACUGUUUGAUUUUUGUCCAAAUGGUGAACCAGUUGGGUAGGUCAAGUACAGAGAUUCAGGAUUUGGUUUCAGAAGUUUCUUCCUAACGACAAGUGUGAAGAUCAGCAUGUGAGGACUGAGGCCUCAAUAGGUUAGGGAAGUUAACCUGGUAGAAGGCCACGUGGCAGGGGAUUCCCCGGCAGCUGGGGGGUUUGACCUUUGACGUCAUCUAGUCGAGCCCUCUCAUUCAUAAAGGAGUAUAGUGAAGCCAUGGAAGGAGAAUGACUUCCCUGAGGUUACACAGCUCUUUGUUGGCUAUAGAAUGUUGAUGUGUUGAAUCAUUAUUAAUAAUGCCUAGACAGAUCAUGUAUCAAUGAACUUGAACCCCAAAGAUUGCCCUACUUCUUUGCCAAAUCCACAAACUGCCAGCCCCUCUACUCUCCACCUCAUUCAGCCCCCAUGCACACCUCCCACUUUGCAAAUCAGAAUAUUGGGAUCAGAGUCAGAGCAAUGCCUAGACAGUAGACCCACAGCACAUGUAUCAACAAUCCCGAUUCCGUAUAGGAAGUGAGGUGUCCUACUGCUCUGCCUUCAUGCUUCAUCUUCCUGUAUAAUCUCAUUGGGGCCCAUGCACACUCACACUCACAGACACGUACACACACACACUCCAUGACCCACACUGGGAAAGGUUGCUUUUCUUUUGUGGGCCAGGAGUAGGAGGAUGCAAAUGAAUGGUUCCUAGUUAGAAAAGAACUGGUCUCUUCCUUGUGAUUUCAAAGAACCAGAGGGCUUAUGCUUCCUUCAAAGAAAAUGUAACCACAUAGCCAAGAUUUGUUUUCAGCCUGACUCUGAGCAGUGACAGAAGUCUGAGGCCCAAGGGACUCUUCCACGGAGAAGACCUCUGAGGAAGGCCAGGGCUAUUCCCCCUCAGGCAGGAAAGGAGGGAGAUUUUCUCUACCCUGCAAUGUCCCUCCUCAGGGAUUAGGUACAGGCACUGCCAAGUCCUACAGAAGCAGUCCUGCCAGGCUUCUUCCAGACGAGUCCUCAAGGUCGUGGGAUAUCAGGCUGGCCUAUUACACACACUCACCCCUCACUGUAUAGAGACACACGUACACAUACCCAGACCCUCACAGGAAAGCUCAUUCCAUAUUCUGAAGAAAAUGCCAAACUGAUUUUUUUUUUCUUUGUAGAAAUUAAUUAUUAUAGUAACUGAAAAAGUUGGAUUCAACUAAAGCUGAGUGAUUUAGUUAAAUUUUGUCAACCCUAUUGAACUGGAAUCAACUGGGCAAUUUAGUUGCUCGGUUAACCGAAUGCUUCUUUCCUUUCUUUGUUCUCUGAGAGGAAACUGAAGUCAAGGCACCCGUUUUUGGAUAGGUUAGAUGUCUCGACUCUUUUGCUUAGUUCAUCCCAAGAGAAUUUUCUUUUGGGAUAAAGAAGGAGGAGAAGGAAGAGGGGAUCUGAGGAGAGCAGUAGAGGGGAAAGAUAGGUGUGUUUUCUUACUCGUUGUCCAGUGUCUGUUAGCUCCCUUGUCUCCACAGUGAACACAGACAACUAACCAAGCCGAUUCAGCCUUGUGAAGCCCCUGCCUUGUGUGGUGAAGAGCUGUCUGUGAGCGAGCCGCAACCUAACCUGCGUCGCCUGCUCCCCAGGGCGACCUUCUGGCUUACCACGUGUAUACAGUACUGUUUCCAGUUUUACUCAUUGUCUACCCGUCUCUCUGUCAUCCCCAAGGACCCCUGGGUGUAAAACUUGAAGUCUCCAUUGACACUGCAGCGUGCGGUGAUGUCUGAGGCCUUCAUGGGCUCGGCAGUGAUCCCAGAGGCCUGGAGAGCUGGGCAGGCUUGAGAUGCCCUGACCAGCCCCUGGCCUCAUCCCUGUAGCAAUACCAAGUGCUAUUACAUAAUCGAUGGACAGUUUAUAAUUUUAUUUUUUAUGAUUAUUUGUUUCUAUAUUGCUGUUAGAAAAAGUGAAAUAAAAAUGUUUCAA